AUGGCUUCUUCACAUAACAAACGAACUGAACCCGAUUCUAAACGUUCAUCAUUCAUGGUAUUCAUAGCGGGAGCGCAUUCAGCUGGUAAAACUUCCGUAGUCUUCUUUCCCAGAAAACUUGAAAAUCAACAUGAUUCCUUAUACACGAUGGGCUUAGAAAUCCAGAUUGUUCCUAUAAACAAUAACUCAGUUAUUUUACUCGACGAAGGCGGACGUUCAGCAGGUCGCGCAUUACAGCGAGCGUAUUAUCGACGAAUGACAGGAAUAAUCUAUGUAGUCGAUUCCAGUGAUCGAACAACGAUUGAAGAAACAUGUAAUGAACUGCAUCAGCUCGCCAAUGAAGAGGGAUUACGCACCAAACCUUUCCUCAUUCUUGCUAAUAAACAAGAUCUGCCAACUGCAAUGACACUGGACGAGUUAAAGGUAAAACUCAAUUUAGUCAAGUUGGAUGGGAUUAAAAAAUGGCAUUUACAUCCAACGUGCGCAAUUCGUGGUGAAGGUGUUCGUGAAGGAUUGGGAUGGCUGAUAGACGCCAUGCCCUUGCAUGGAGAUGACGAUCAGGAGGUAACGACAGCGUCGGGCGUUACAUUUCACCGUGCAUGUCUAGAAAAUUUGCUCGCAUCGAAAUCAGCGAGUUCUUCGAAGAAAUCUAAAGAUGAUGGAACUACCGCAAGCAAGUCGUCAAGCCAAAGUCAAUGUCGGAAGGGUGGUAAAUGUGACCAGAUCGGCGACAAGAAUCAUUGUCGCGAAUAUGAACAUCCAUCCUUUUGUCCUGAUGGAGGUCGGUGCAAGAAACAAACAGAAGAUCAUUUGAAAAUGUAUCGACACUUACCACUUUGCCCGCAGAGUCAUAAAUGUAUUGAUUAUCUGAAGGAAGUUAAAGAACAUUGUGAUCAAUAUCGACAUUUUGCUCCAUAUUGUCCAUACGGAAACAACUGUGCUUUAUUCCAUGACAAGAGUCAUUUCGAAGAUUUUCAGCAUCCAUUUCCACCUCCGUGUCCACAUACUCCAUUCGAAUGUCCAAUGCAUAGUGCUCUCUGUGAAUCAAAAAAUAAUCGAAGUCUUUCAACAGUCAUCCAACAACAUUGUCUGAAUUUUGCUCAUGUUUGCAAACUUGGACGAAACUGUCUUGAUCAAACACAAUUACAUCAAUCUAGAUCAAUUCAUAUUGCACGUCAAGUGUGUCCAUACGGUGAAAAAUGCAGUAUGGUUUCCGACGAAGAACACAUUAAUACAUUGACACACCCGCAUAUUCCUGAUAUUCGACCGUUAUGUCCAUACCGUGACGACUGCCGGGAGCCGGAUAAACUUGAGCAUAGACUUCAAUUUCGUCAUCAUAUCAUACAUGAGCCUGGCGUUGUAAGAUACUAUGGUACGAAUAAACAAGUAGAUUUUGUUCAGAACCACAGGAACAACGUAGAAUGUGUUAGUCGAUUUGUUAGCAAACAGAAUUGGAAGCCUUUACCGUCAGGCAUAAUACCUGAUGAAAUUGUUGAUUGGAUACGUACGGUACAACCCAUCCAUCGAUGUAACUUAGUUAUAUUUGAGUCUAUACUUCUCCAUGGCCAUGUAAUGAGUCGUGAAUACAUGGAGCACUUGAAGGAUCCAACGUUCGUUGCCAAUUCCGUCUUACAUCACAGUCGAAUCAGACGUAUUGAUGCUUUGAAAAUCAAAACAUAUGAAGAAGAUGCAAGAAAAUAUGUUACUGCGUUAGUUUGUCUCGAAUUUGGCAAGCAAGGAUUUCUAUCGAAAUCUGCAAAUCCGGAAAUAUUCGUCGCAUCAUCCUUUGAGGAUACAGUAAGAAAGAAAGAGAAUAAAUUAUCUGGUACAAUUCCAUCGAAUGACAUGAGAGCAUUACGCUCAAAAGCAAUUGAUAUUGCACGAGCAUCUAUCAAACUUCAUUCCGAUCCCGCCGGUAUUGGUUACGCCUCCGACAAAGCGUUAGGUACUGAUAAACUUGUUUUCAGUAUCCUUGGACCACAUAUGGGUCAUUAUUACGGUGAUAUAAUUAUCAUCUUUAAACGAGAGAUUUUGCAUCAUUGUGAUGCAAAUUUCUCUAUGCAAGCAGCUACGUCGUUUGUUAGCGGUAGAGCCUAUACAAUGCGACCAUGGUUGGGUAAGGAUCCGGGUUCUACUGCCGAACGAGUGAAACAUUAUCAUGCGACUAAAUUACAUGCUGGAGUGCCAGGCUAUGAGCAUGCUGCAGCACUGGAAUUGAUGGCACUCACUAGUUCACAAUUCAACUUGAAAUCAAUGGAUAUUACUCUUGAUCAAAUACUUCAACGAUGGCUUGCAGUUGAUUCUCAUCAAACGAUCGAAGCACAUCUACCUCAACUGAUUCCUUUAGACUAUAUUGAUCAUAUCUAUAUGCCAAGGAGUCUUUUUGAUCAUCUUAGUGAGGAUGCAAGAAGAGCCGUUGAGGCCGUAUUUAGCGAUCGCAUUACUAUUGCAGACCACAAAGUUGAACUAACGCCUGAUAAAGGAACAUUCGGGGCGACGCCAAGCUCGAAAGCACGAGCUGAUUACCAAGAGGCAGUUGUAAGAACGAUAUUACAGCGGUAUAAAAAGUAUACUCCUUCUUUAGCAUUGAGCUAUCUGAGAGGUAUAACAAUGACAAUACCUUCUACCAAUCUCGAUGAACACUAUGUUUUACCUCUCACAAUUUCGCAAGCGUACGCACAAUAUAAUUUCGAAGAGGCUCAUCCAUCAAAAGAUAAUAUAACUCAUAUCUACUGGAAAGCUUUACACGGUGAUAUGAUGUUAACGUUGUCAAGUGAAAAGAUUGAUCUAGAUGUGGAUCAAUCACAUUUACGUUGUUUAAUAUGCUAUGUUGCCGCAAAACCUAUUGCAAUUGACGAUCAAUAUCACGAACCGAUUUCUUAUCUUGCAGUUGGUCAUCCAUUUCAACAUGAAAUAAUCACGAGCAAAAAGAAAUAUGCAGUGAAAACAGAUACGUUUUACACUGGUUGUAACAAUACAGAUUAUUUUACUUAUUGCUUAGAGCUUCAUCUUUUGACUGGCUUUGUUGUUCUUGCACAUGCUGGACCAAAUGCGCUCUACAGCCGAGGUAUCAUGUGUUGUAGAUUCAGUCGAUCGGAUCUUGAUUUGACUAAAUUGAAUUUUAUUCAUGUGAGUGCUGGUAAUCAUAAAGUGCCGAUGAAAAAUUUAGUUAUACAUUUUACAAGACAACCCUCGAUGCACCCAACAUUCGAUAAAAGUUUCGGGAGCGCAUCAACGGCAAGCACAAGUGCAAGUGCCAGUUCAACAACAGAAUACGAUGAUUCGAAUCGACCGACGGUAAAGAGCAAACUCGAGUAUGAUCAUAUGGCAGACAAACGAAAGAGUGCUUCUGCUAAAACUCCGAAGUCACCUUUGAAACCGUGUAAAGAUAGCAUCUACUGUCUUCUUCAGUACUCGUCCGAUGUUCCAGAACAUAAUUUAACAUAUUCGCACCCAUGUCGUUAUUCAGAACUCUGCUCGGAAAGAGAACCUCAUCUUACUCAUGAACCACAUCGUGCUCCUAAAUGCGACAACGGUCGAAGUUGUGACAAGCUAGACGAUCCUGUCCACCGAGCAGCGUAUCGACAUACGAAUCUCCCAGAUUUUCUCAUACCAUGUUUCCAUCAAAGUAGAUGCAACAACAAAUCUAGUAAACAUCGCAAAGAUUAUUUUCAUGGUGAAAGAGUUUUAGAUAAAAUUACAACAACUUCGAAAACAGCAAAAGCGGACGAUUCCGACGAGAAUUAA